GCCCACAACUGAGCACGUGGUUGAAGGCGGAAGUAGUUUCUAAAUAGAACUUGACCUCAAAGCACGAUACAUGCACACUGGUAAAAUGUGUACUGUAGAAGUUUUAUAGUGCGUUUUUUAAUUUAUGAGAAGUAAAUAUAUCCGUUGUUCUAAUGGAUCCUAAUCUGUUGUUUUGGAAAAGCCAGGGGCAGUCCUUCCUCAGUCGACUACGGAUCUGGGUUAAUCUCCUUGAUCCAACUUCCCUGCUUUCCUCUGAUGCUGAAAUACAGAAGGCCCACUCUCUUCUUGGAAGUGGAGAGAAACUAAAUGAAACGGAUGGGCAAGCACUGACCCUCUCACUUUCGUCUGUCCACGCUGAUUCUGGUGCUGCUCUUCCAUUAGUUUUCCGCCCUCCAGCACUGUUGCCGAUAUCAGCACCUCUGGUGGUUGCCAGCUUUUUGCCACAUAGCAGUGUCAAACCUGCUCUGUUUUGGCAGUUUUUGCUGCAUAGUUACAGUGCUGGGUUCAACUAUGCAAACAGAAAUUCUUCAUCAGAGCAGGGUAAGAAGAUGUCUUUGAAGCAGCUUCUGUUGAUCGCUGGAACAGUUUCCUAUGCAACAUGUGCAGGGGCCCUUCCUCAAAUUUUCAUUAACCGACUUGGUGUAAGAAGCGCACCAAUCCAGACUUUCUUUAGGUCGAUAUUACCAAUCCCACUGUCAGCUGCUCUGGCCUUCUUCAAUGUGUUUACCAUCAGAAGUGAGGAGUCAGAAACUGGGAUCCAAGUGUUUGACUCCAGUGGAAAUCCUGUCGGCCUCUCUAAAGCAGCUGGAGAAAAGGCUGUGAGGGAAACUGCGUUGUCAAGAGCGGUACUGUUUGGUACAACCGCUGCUGUUCCUAAUCUCCUGGUUUUGCUCUUACAGAGAAAAAGACUUUUCCAGAGGAACUCUCUGCUGGUCGCCCCUCUCCGGCACAUAAGUGUUGCGUUUGUUCUGGGCUUGAUGAUCCCCGUCUCAUUCAGUCUCUUUCCACAACUGGGAACGAUAAGGAAGGAGAACGUCGAGGAGGAGCUGCAGGCUGUGGCGGACGACGGACAGUUAUACUACCAUAGAGGACUCUGAGGAGAUGUUUUAGUAGAUUACUGGAUAGCAUCAUAAUAAAAAUGUCUUCUUUAACAUCAUGCAGCUGAAAACGUACCAUGCAUGUAACACACUCAAAGAUGAAAUGCAGCUUUUUCUCCCAGAUUUCAUGUGAACUAUUUUGUUGUAAAACACAGUUUAAUACAUUAAAACAAGCAAGAGGCUACUUUUUGAUAGUAAAUGUAUUUAUUUGGAAUAUUAGGUGUAUUUAUAGAUAGGAAAUAUUACAUCAAUUCAUGAAAAUACAUUUAGUUUUCAAAGUUACAUGAGCAUUUCUAUGUAUUGCACUCUGUUUUAUCUGAUAUGUUGAGGCACAAAACCAUCCUUGUGGCAAUGUGGUUGAAAAUGUACUCAACUGUAAAACAACAGCGCUAACUAUACAUCAGUUAAAAAAAAUAUAAUCUGAACAGUAAGACACACAUGAUGCAAUAUAAAUCAAUGUGGACAUGGAAGCACCAAUCAUUUAAUCAGUUAGUUACUUUUUAUAAAACAGCCUCAUAAUACAACACAAUCUGCUUGUAUUUCAGUUGUGUGCAACACUAAAGUCAUUAGUAAAAUACAAAAUGUGACAUUGUUUAAAAAAAUGUAAAUAAACCAACAUGUUGUGCAAUG